AUGACUGCUUCAUCUGUUGACGGUGGAAAUUUAUCCAAUAUAAAUUCUUAUUCAAAUAAUGAUGAUUUCUAUACAAUUAUUCAACCUAAUCCAUGGUUAAAAGCUGAUCUAAAAGGAUAUAAAUUAAAACCAAAAUCUUAUAUUCUACAAUCAAGAUGUUUAAGUAAUAGUGAUUUUUUAAGAAGUUGGAAGCUUGAAGGAAUCAAAGAAGAUGGAACCACUAUUGUUUUAGAAAAUAAUAACUAUAAAUUUACACAGAGAGAAAUCAAAGAAUUUCCACUUCAAACAAAUGAUUAUUUUGUUGCUUUCAGAAUCACUCAGACAGGAAAGAAUUCAUAUGGUAACGAACGUUUAAUGAUUAAUAUUUUUGACUUCAAAGGAGAAUUAAUAAAAAUUUGA